ACGGAGGCUGGGAAUGCGCAAGAAUCUGCUGGAGGUCCCAAAGUCCUAACUUCGAAAGCCCUGACUGUUUCCUACACGCCUAUCAGCGUGGGUGGAGUUCCCGAGGUGAUCAGACAAUACGGAGCUCUCUCUCUCUCGCCUCGCUGGACAAGGCUGGAGGCUCGUUAGGUAGCACGCGUUCCGUAAAAGGUCCGUCAGUCGUAAAUACCAGGGUGAUUCGGCUUUCAUCAUCAUCAGCGUCAUUGUCAGCGCCUGGGCGAUCGACGGUUUGGUUUUGGAGCAACAACCCCCGUACAUUCUGCUACUUCCAUCGCUAGCUCCGACGCCAGGGUGAAGAUUGAUCAGAAUAUAUCCAUCUUUUAGUUUUCGCCCUAACCCAUCAGAAUAUAUAUUCAUAAUAUCCGCUCGGCGCGCUUUGUCCUGCUUCUGCUCGUCCCCGACGUUGAGCCGCGCAAGCUUGUAACUCAAAAGCCGACGCUAGCCGCCGCCGACUCGGCUCCGCUAGCUCCACUUGAGCAAAGCUGCCUCGCGUUUCGGAGGUGAUUUUUUAGCCGACUCAAAAAGCUCCAAUUGAGCAGAGCUGCCUCGCGUUUCUCCGUGAUUUUUAUCGUCAUUCACAAAAACGCUUAACGGAACCUCCACGGUCCAGAAGGGCCUGAAGCAGAUCGUCCAGCGGGUUGACGGAGACUUAGCUAAGCAUGGCACUACUACGAGCAUCAACCAUGCAACUGCGGCUAAAUGCCGGUCAAGCGUUGCCCUGUUCACGCCGACGGCCGUCCUCGUCGUUGUCACGCCUCUCUACAGUCACAUGCCAGCUGGGAGGUCCGAAUGAUGGCGGUGAAUCCGUUGUGUCUCGGCCGUUCGAGGCUGAGACGGAGGCUCGGACACAAGCCAGGCUCGCAGCUUCGGAUCCGAACCGACAAUACGAGGAGAUGAGGAGGCGGAGGGAGGAGCAACGGCAGCUGACCAUGCGAGAAUACGGCGAUUUGAAGCGGCAGCUAUCGCAAACCGCCAUAGGGGUGGGGGCAGCAGGCACACUCUACUGCUUCCUCGGGAUCUCCAUUGAGACGGCCAUCAGCUACAGCAUCGGAAGCGCUGCCAGCUGCCUCUACCUGCUGCUGCUCUUCACCGACACUGACACCAUUGGGCCCGAGGACCUGCCCCCAGCCUUCCUUAUCGACAGGAGAAAGCCGAAGAGGAAGGGUCUGGUAGACAGCCUGGCGUCCGUGGAUUCGCCGCAGAAGCUGCUGGAGGGAGCUCAGCUCGCCCUCUCCUCGCGCCGCCUGCUCGUGCCCGCUGCCCUCGUGGUGCUCUGGGCGCUGUCGCGGCACUUCACAGGGGAUGAUCCCAACACGCUGCACAUUCAGUUCGCCCCACUCUUUAUAGGCUUCCUCUCCUACAAGAUCGCUGUGCUGCUCUUCACGAUCCAAGAUGUGACAGAGUAAUCCAACUGACCCAAUAUGUUAUAAUAUCACAUUGCUGCUGCUGGACCUGGUGUUUUCAAACAAAAGCAGUUCCCCUCCUCUUUAGGCUUCCUCUCCUCUCCUGUAAGAACUUUCUUCACCAUCCAAAAUGUUACCGAGUAAUCCAGAUCCAGCAAGUUCCCGAGAAAAUGUGUUCCGGCCCGUGCCAUACUACGCGAUGUGUUCUAACUAGUAUGUCAUGAAAGGGCCAGCAAUGGCUGUAAUCAAAUAAAAACCAGCAAAUGUU